GAUAGUCCGCCACCGAAAGGACGUCCGGCGCGCGGCAGAGGGCGAGGGAGGGGUCGACCGCCCGGACGGCCGGCGAAGAAGGGGGCGAAGAAGAAGAACGACAAGACCACCAAAAAACAGGCCAUCGAUGACAAGAAGUCGUCGGCGAAGUCGUUGGACACGGAUCUCACCGAUGAUACUAAACGUCGACAUCAGGUGUCGGCCGACACUCUCCUCAAUGUUAAGAGCGAAUCAAUUGAAUUUGAUGAAAACCUGGCCUCAGAUCUGGUAGUGAGCGCACCGUCGAUGACGCCAUUCGUCAGUCCCAGCGCUAAGCCUUUGCACCGAAACGAAGCCCUGAACUGGAAAUAUAGGGUUAAUCUGAUCGGCGAAAAGGUGGUCAACCCUCGCAUCCAUUGCUGCGACAAAUGUCUGCUACCGAUCCUCGUCUACGGGCGUAUGAUCCCGUGUAAACACGUGUUUUGUCUGAGUUGUGCGAAACAAUACGAGAGUCUGUGUCCGCGUUGUGGCGAUAAAGUGCUGAGAGUAGAGAAGUCGGGUUUGGGAACAGUUUUCAUGUGUCAGACCGACUCAUGUAAGCGCACAUAUCUGAGCCAACGCGACCUUCAGGCGCACAUUCAACACAGACAUAUGCGGAGACCGCCCGCCGGCACCGCCCAAGCCGUAGCCCUCAACGCGUCCAACAUCUCAAACGUGAUAAUACCGGCGCCAGUCAUGAAAGAAGUGGCGAACGCGCCCUCAUCUGUGGUCAUCACCGGUUCGCGACUCUCCUCCUAUCAGAACAGCUCAUUCCAGAGUCCAAUACCAGUGGUCUCUUCGCGCGGCUCUAAUCUCAUAACAGUUCCCAUUCAGGACGAGGUAAGCAGUGGUGGUCUCAACCCUCACAGCCCUUCCAUCACUGGUCAGUCCUCAUCACUGCUUCUGUCUCCACAACAGCCCGUCUCUACGUAUGUCUCGCAACAGCCGUACGGACACCACAACCUUCAGUGGCCAUCCGUUUCGCCCAACAGUACGUUCAACACGUAUAGAGCGCCGGCGCCCACACAAUGGCCUCCCAUUAACCCAUACGGCAAUCCAUACAACAGACCUUAUUAUCCACAAUGAAUGCAUUCAUGCAAACAGUUUGAUAAAUAUUUUGCAUUUUAUUUGUUAAUUAUAUAAUUUUGUGAUCAAAAUUUUUAUAAAAUUAAUCCAAAUAAACAUUAAAUAAUUAUUUCAAAUCAAA